AUGGAGAGUGAAGGGAAACUGGGGCAAGAAGGUGUUGGCAAGAGGAGGAGGGGGCAGCAAGGGAGAAAGGGGCGGGUGUGGGACAAAGAGGAGGACGAGGACAAGGUCAAGGACAAGGACAAGGACAAGGACAAGGAGGAUGAGAGGGACGAGGAAGAGGGCGAGGACGAGGAUGAGGACGAGGAGCUACUCACAUUCUCCUCUGCGAUGGGGCAGAUCGGGAACAUGGUGACAACCCUCGGGCUGAACCUUCAGCGGUAUGCGCACACUAAGGCAGAGGCGUCGGUGUCAUACACUCAAAGCCGCCUAUGGUGGAUUGGAGUCUCCCUAAUGAUCACGGGCGAGAUGGGAAACUUUGCUGCUUACGGUUUCGCUCCUGCGACUCUUGUGGCGCCAAUGGGAGCUUUCUCGGUCAUCGCAAACGCCGCUUAUGCGACCAUGUAA